UGCAUCUCACUGGGCUGUCCUUUUUCGCUUCGUUUGCACGCCACCGUGUUCUGGCAACCCGAGACCUGAAAAACGGGUUAAAUAUCGAGCAGAGAUGGAUGUUCUCACCGCGCUGCCGUCCAACUUUGGAUAUGUCAUAUUUACUUACCUCUACAGUUGGAUUAUGUUGAUGUAUUUAGGAGUCAAGGUUGGGGCUGCCAGGAAGAAGUAUGGUGUUAAGUAUCCCACUAUGUACAGUGACAAGGAGCAAGUGUUCAACUGUAUCCAGAGAGCACACCAGAAUGCCCUCGAGGUGUACCCUCAGUGGCUUGUGUUCCAGACCAUCGCAGCCCUCGUCUAUCCGUUAUCAGCAUCUGUGCUGGGGGCUAUUUGGGUGACCAGCCGGUUUUCCUAUGCCUGGGGGUACUACACAGGAGAUCCAGCCAAGAGGAUGAAUGGUGUCUAUGGCUACAUUGGAUACUUUGGAGUCAUCAUCCUGUCCAUUUCUGUUGCCUUGCAAUUGCUUGGUGUCUUUUAAGAUGAUUGUCGUCUUCUAGUUGCCCACCGGACUGAAGACUCUGCUCAUUUACUCUGGCUUGCAUGGCAUUUUCAAAUUUAUCAGCAAUAAAGAAUCUGUACAAUUCAUUUAAUGCUUAUUUCAAAUUACGAAACUAAACACAUUUUUAUGGACCACUAACUUGAUACUUGAUAUUUUUUUAAUCCAGUACGUGUUGUCAAUGUUUAUUGAUUGUAAUCACUUACAAUAAAGUAGAUGCUGACUGAUA